AUGGAUAAUGAAAAUGUAAAUUUAAGAAAUGAUGAUUUAGAUAAGCAAAAAAAAGAAGUAAAAAAUAGUUCUGAUAAUAAUUUUUAUGAGUCUAAUUACAUUCAUAAAGGAGAAAAUAGUAAAAAAACUGAAAAUAUAUUAUAUAUGAAUUAUAAAGAAGAAUUUUUAAAAAAAAAUGGGGUUAAUAUUCAGUUAGAUAUGUUUAAUUCAAACGAAAAAAAUAAAACCUUAAAUUAUGACAAUAACAUAAUAACUAAUGAUGUUAAUAAAAAGCAAGCAAUAGACUUACAUAAAGAUGUAAAUGAUAAAGAAUAUAAAAAUGAUGAAGACAAAAAAAUUGAUAAAAAUAUAAAAAAUGAAGAAAAUAUAAACAUUGAUAAAAAUAUAAAAAAUGAAGAAAAUAUAAACAUUGACAAACAUAUAAAAAACGAUGAAGAUAUAAAAACUAAUAAAAAUAUAAAAAAUGAUGAAGAAAUAAAAACCGAUAAACAUAUAAAAAAUGAUAACAAUAAAGAGAAAAGAAAAAAAAACAAAAAAGUAAUGAAUAUAAAUUAUAUAGUUCAAUAUAACAGAUAUAAACCAACUAGGAUAGAUGUAUUUAAAAAAAGAACAAUUAAUUCAUUUAUAAAAAAAAAUCAAAAUCAAUAUAUAAAUUGUAAUUUCCGAUAUUAUGUAUCAGAAAAAGAUUAUUUAAUACAAAAUAUUAUUGGUGAAAACAUUAAAUGGGAUAAAAUUGAAAAAGUUGAUUAUAUAAUUUUUGAUAAUACUUCUAUAUCAUGCCCAAUUUGUCUUGAAAAUAAUAUCAUCUCACCAAGAAUUACAAAGUGUAGGCAUAUCUUUUGUUUUUUUUGCAUUUUGAAAUAUUUUAUUGAAGAAGAAAAAAAAACAUGGAAAAGAUGUCCAAUAUGUUUUGAAAUAAUAAAUGAAAAUGAUUUAAGAAUGGUGAAAUUUCAUUAUGUCAAAAAUUAUAAUAUUGACGAUAGUAUAAGUCUCUGUUUAUUAUACACAGAAAAUAAUAAAAUAAAUUUAAAAUCAGAUAAAUUAUGUUUCAAUAACAAUUUUGAUAUAACAAAUAAAAAUUUCGUUAAAAAUAACAAGGUAAUAGAUUAUAAAUAUUUCGUAAACAUUGAUUAUAUGAAUAAAAAUUUAACAAGUGUUAGUCAAAAUCAUUCUGAUCAAGUUAUAAAAUUAAAUUUAAAUUUAGGUGUUCAGUUUUCUAAAAUUUUCUAUAUAUAUAAUCCAUUGGCCAUAUGGAUAAAGGAUUUGUCUAUUUUUAAUUUUAUCUUAACUAAUAAAAAAAUGAAAUCUUUUAUAUCAGAUGUAAAUGUCAUAGAAAAAGCAAUAUUAGAUAUUAAAUUAAGGAUGAGCGAUUAUUUAAAUAUACCUGUAGAAAAAUUGAACCCUGAAUUAAAUAUAGAUGAGGAAUAUUUUGAUUCCUUUUAUUUAUAUGAUAAUUUAGCUCAUGACGUUUAUGAUAGUAUUGAACAAAUAAAAAAAGAAAUGAAAUUAGAAAUUGAAUUAUCAGAAUACAAAAAAAUAACAAAAGAUAAAGAAUUUCAUAUUGAUUCGGAGAAAAAUAAUGAUAGUGAUUUAAUUAAUUUAAAAGAUUUAAAUCAAGUAUACUUUUAUCAAUGCAUAGAUGGCCAAUGUAUUUAUUUAGAUCCAUUCAUAUUAAAAUUACUAUUUUAUGAAUAUGGUUAUAACGUGAAUGAAUUGCCAACGUUUUUGUAUAACAAAAAAAUUACAUACAUAGAUUCAUUUGAACUAGAUGAAAAAAUUAGAAAAAGAUAUUGUAUUUUAUCUCAUUUACCUCUAGGAGUUAAUAUUAUGUUCGUAUCAUUAAAUUUAGACGAUAUGUUAUCAGAAAGAACAAAAAAUCAUUUUUCAAAGGAAAUAUCUAUAAGAAAAGCUAAGCACAUUAAUAUUUUAAAAAAAAAAAAAAAGGAAGAAAAUCACUUUAAACUUUUAGCUGAAGAAGAAAUUGAAAGAAAAGAAAAAAGUUAUUGGAAUUUAUCUAGUAACAAAAUGAAUAUAGAAUAUGACUCAAAUAAUAUAGGCUCUAAUACAUUAAAUUUUUAUAAUGAUUUAAAAGAAGAAAAAUAUUUACAUGGAGAAUUAAGUGAUGACACAUUAUUCAAAUAUGAUGAUUUUUUAAUAGAAAAAAAAUUAAUCAAAACUAAUUCAAAGGAAGCCAAUUACAAUACUAAAAAUAGAGCAGAUAUUGCGAAGAAUAUGAAUAAAAAAAAUAUGAAAAAUGAAUCAAAAAGAAAUAACUCAAAAAAUAUUAUAAAAAAUAAGAACAAAAAUAUUACUACUAGCAAAAUUGAAAUAAACAAUGUGAAGAAUGAAAAUAAUCAAUUACCUAAAAGGAGUUUUCUUGAAAUAGCUAAAACAAAAUGUGAUGUUAAUGUAAAUAAAGCGCAAGUUACUAAAAAAAAAGAAGAAAAAUUAUCUAUAGGAUCUGGUUCAGUAAGUAUUAAUUUGUUAGAUUUAAUCAAUAGCAAGGAAUCUCAAAAAAAAAAAAAAAAAAAAUAA